CUUCGCUGGGGACGGCGCCGGCGGCGGUGUGACGUUGGAGUCCUCGACUUUCUGUGAAUUGAACUGCGCGGCCUUGGCCUUGCGCCGCGCGGCUCUAGUCCGUUUCCAGAGGGCCUGGUUCUUCGUCUUCUGGGACUGUGUUGAAGUCCAGCACAAUCAAUGCGAUGCGAAUGCAAAAGCGGUGAGCGCCAGCAAGCCAGGGCAGCCAUCUGCACGUUGCGCACACUGUACCUUGGAACGGCAUCGAUUUUCGGCAGCCCCCUGUUCGGCAGCCCUCUACAAAGCAUCUAAGCACAACCUUUGCUUUGCUUAGAGCUAGGCCGCCUAGCUACCUGGAACCUUUGCUGUGUAAAAAAAGGAGAAGACAGCCAUGGGCAGCGGCCCCUCGGUGCCCGACGACAUCCGUGGGCACGUUGCCAAGUACGUGCCCGACCGCGCGCCCUUCCUGGCGCUCCGGGCCGCGUCCAAGUUCGAGCGCGACGCCGUCCAGCGGACCAUCGCGCGGCGGCCGGGCGCCGUCCGCCGCUUUGGUUUUUAUCCACGGUGGGCAGACGGGGAGACGCUCGCCUGGGAGCCCGACGAGCAGCCCACGGAGUGCGCGGCGUCUUCAUUAACGAUCGCGACGCUCGGCAAGGUGUUCGGCAAGGGCGUCAUUCAUUUAUCGGCGUGCGGCCGGGCGGCGCCAGCCGUCGCGGCGCUCGAGUUCUUCGUCAAGCAGACGAACGGCGGCCUCGAAACGCUGGAGCUGUAUCGCGCCAACGUCGCGCCGGACCGGCUCCUGGAGCUCUGUCGCGCGUGUCCGCGCCUCAAGGAGCUGCGGACGCCGGUGCAUGCGCUGAUACCCUGUCUGUGUCCGGCGUCCUUUGUCUAAUUCUACAUCGACGCGACUCGUUGCUCACUACCCCAUUCCCGCGCAGACAGCGUGGUCGAGGCGAUCGCGCAAGCGUGCCCCCUCAUCGAGGGGAUCUCCGUGACGAAUAACGGGCGCGACGAGCCGCUGAGUCCCGCCGAGACGUGGGCGCGCCACUUCCCGCGCCUCAAAGCCCUAUCCUUCCGGAACGGCUGGCUCGAGUACCGGCCGACGCGACUGGACGCCAUCCACGCGACGGCGCUCGUCACGAACGCGACAAUGAUGGACGUCGACGGCUGCCACAUCACUCUCGAUGUCAUCGAAGCGCUGGUCGGCACGCCGUUCGGCGACCGCCUCGAGCGGCUCGGCUUCUCCCAGGGCACCAGCCCGACGCGGCUCGAAUACGCCGCCCUGAUCUGCGCGAUGCGCGGCUUCCCGCGCUUGCGGGCGCUAGCUAUUCCCGGCUACAUGGUUUAUGGACGCGGUUUCUACAGGGACCUCGCGAGGCUAUCGAACGCGCGCCCCGCCGGCACUGGUCUCAGAAACCUCGCCAUCCGCGAGCUGGACGCCACUGACGAAUGCGUCGCCCAGGCGUGUCGCAUCGAAGGCCUCGAGCUCCUCACGCUCGACGGCAUCGACGCCACGCGAGGCAUAGUCGAUGCGAUUUUGGGAGGCGCCGCGGCGGCGACGUUGACAACGGUGAGCAUCCGCUACUGCGCGUACGCCCCGCGACCGACGGCGUUGCGCGCCUGCGACGUUUUGAGGCUCGUGCAAGGCUGCCCGCGCCUGAACCGCCUGAGCUGGUUCUGCGACGAGGAGUUCCAGGAGGGCACGCUUCUGCUGCGGGGGGUGUGCAAUCAGAUCGUACGACUCCUCGAACGCCGCGGGGGGCGCGUCGCCGUGCAGCCCACUCGAGCCUUGCCCGUCGCGGUCGGCCGCCGGGUCCGCAUGAAAUUCCCUACCGGUGGCACGAAAUUCCACUGGUGUGAAGGCGUCGUGGAGUCCGUAGAGGACGGACUCUGCGAGAUCGCGUGGUCGAACGGCGCCACGGAUUCUAUGGAGGUCUCGGCUGUCGCGAAGAUCCUGCGGGACGACGGGGCGGCGACUCGAGUGCUCGUGCCGGGAGACGAACGGGAGCCCGAGGUGCUCUUCAGCUGCCGCUACGACCGCGCGACGGAGCGUUAUUACUGAGUAAGCUCUUUUUCAACCUG